AUGAGUUUCUCCAGGUUCCUAGUUUUCCUUUCCCUCAUGCAUGGUUCAUUGCAGUUACUGGACGGCACAGAAAGAUUUUGGACAGAAGAUGUUUCAACUGGCAUUCACUAUCAAAUAAACUCAGAAUCAGCUCUAACAUGGCACCAAGCAAGGAAAAGCUGUCAGCAGCAAAAUGCAGAACUACUAAGCAUCACAGAGAUUCAUGAGCAAGCAUAUAUUGGAGAGCUAACUAAAAAAAUCAGUUUUGCAUUCUGGAUUGGAUUGAACAGUUUGAAUUUUGACAGUGGAUGGCAAUGGGCUGGUGGCAGCCCUUUCAGAUAUUUAAACUAGGCUCCAGGAAGUCCUUUCCUGCUCCCUGGGAAAAUCUGUGGAGUGCUGAAUCCCACAAAGAAUGCUAAAUGGGAAAACAAAGCAUGUAACCAGAAACUUGGCUACAUUUGUAAAAAGAGAAACUUCAGUUCAAAGUCUGACAUUAUACCCAAAUAGGAAUUGAGACCUAUUAAGUGCACAGAUGGUUGGUGGCCAUAUGCAGGCCACUGCUACAGCAUUCAGCGGGAACCCAAAAUACGGAAAGAUGCUCUGACUUCAUGUAAGAAGCAAGAUGGAGUUUUGGCAAGUGUCCACAACAUUGCUGAAUACAGCUUUCUAGUGUCACAGCUUGGUUACAAGCCAACAGAAGAGCUAUGGUUGGGUCUGCAUGACCUGAAGACUCACUUCUGUUUUGAGUGGAGUGAUGGGACUCCUGUGACAUUCACCAAAUGGCAGCGCAGGCAUCCCACCUACACAAACGGUCUGGAGGACUGCGUUGUUAUGAAGGGGCAGGAUGGAUACUGGGCAACUGAUGUUUGUGAUAAGCAACUUGGCUACAUCUGUAAAAAGAAGCCUUCAUCAAAAACCUCUGUCAAAGAGACAAUCAAGGAUCCAGGCUGCCAGAAAAGUUGGAAAAGAUAUGGGUUUCACUGCUACUUGGUGGGUUCUGCACUUUUGACAUUCUCAGAAGCAAGUAAGAGCUGUGAACAGAGCAAAGCUUAUCUAGCCACAGUGGAAAGCAGAAAUGAGCAAGCCUUUCUAAUUAGUCUGACGGGGCUGAGGUCUAGAAAGUAUUUCUGGAUCUGUUUCUCCAACGCAGAAGAACGAAGGAGUUUCAGGUGGACCAGUGAUGAAACCCCUCUCUUCGCACACUGGUACACAGCAAUGCCAGGAAAAGAGCAAGGCUGUGUUGCCAUGGGAACCAGAAUUGCAGCUGGAUUAUGGGAUGUUGUUAGCUGUGAGAAGACAGCAAAUUACCUUUGCAAAGAGCAGGGUGCGGGAGUGCUGCCUCAUGCUCCUUCAGCGUGGGUUCCUGCAGCUGUCAAAGACUCGUGCUUCAAAUUUUUUAUCAGAGAGGGAAACCAAAAGAAGUCUUGGUUUGAGGCUGAAGAAUUCUGUAGAGAAAUAGGAGGAAAUCUGGUCACAAUUAAUACAAGAGAAGGUCAAAUUUUAUUAUGGCAGUUAGCAUCGGAUAAAGGACUGAACACUCAGGCUUUCUGGAUCAGUUUGUUUCUCUUAAAUCCUGACGAAGGAUUUGCCUGGAUUGAUGGUUCCCCUGUAAUUUAUGAAAACUGGGAUGAAGAUGAACCCAACAACCACGAAGAACUUGAACAUUGUGUUAUAUUUAAUAGAUCACCCCAAAUGCGCUGGAAUGACUUGCUCUGUGAAUGUUUACUUAAUUGGAUUUGUGAAACAAAAAAAAGAUAUGAUUACUUCCCCAUAAACGCCAAGCCAUCAGGAGAGGAGGAAUGCAUUGAGACUUUGGAAAAGAUGUGUGGUAUUAACAAAAUACCAACAUUAAGCUUCAGUACUUGUGAACAGUUUACUACUAUCCACUGUCCCCUUGUUUCUUUCAGCUGGCUGGAUAAGACCCCAGUGAACUAUGUUGCCUGGGCUCCAAAUGAACCCAAUUUUGCAAAUAAUGAUGAAAACUGCGUGGUAAUGUCAAAAGAUUUUGGCCUUUGGAAUGAUAUAAGCUGUGCUGCAAAAAAUGGCUUCAUCUGUGAAAGACACAAUGCAACUUACUCAGGAUUUGCUUCUACCAUACUUCCACCUCUGGGAGGAUGCCCUGAAACUUGGCUUUUGUUUAACAAUAAGUGUUAUAAAAUAUUUGGAUCCAAAGAAGAAGAGAGACUGUCUUGGCACUCUGCAACAAGUGUUUGUAUAGAAUUAGGGGGAAAUUUGGCCUCUAUACACAAUGAGCAAGUGCAAGCCUUCUUCACAUUCUGCCUAAAGGAUGUCACCGAUGAAAUGUGGAUUGGACUGAAUGAUAUUAACACUGAGGGUACCUGCCUUUGGACAGACGGAAGCCUCUUUGAUUAUUCAAAGUGGGCAAGACGAUUCCCAUUUAGAGAUAAAUACAUGGAACAUGGCUGGAAGUAUAUUACAAUACAGACUGACUGUAUUGCAAUGACGAAAAGAUCUGUAGAUGAACCAGGGUAUUGUGAAAACACUGACUGCCAGCAUAAGAAAAGCUAUAUUUGCCAGGUGGACAGCAAACCUGAACAGUUUCAUUCCACAACUGCUCCAGAUAGUGAUUUCAUCCAUUAUGGUAACAGCAGCUAUUUAAUCAUUCCUUCUAAAAUGAAUUGGGAAGAAGCAAGAAAAGCCUGCAAGGAGAAAUCUUCAGAGCUUAGUGAUGGCUAUUACAGAUGGACUGAUAAAAGGAAAAUAAAUUUUUCGAACUGGUACUACGGAGAAUCAAAAUAGAAAAUAGCCUGUGUCUAUCUAGAGCUCCAUGGGACCUGGAAAACAGCACCUUGUAAUGAAAAACAUUCUCCUGUCUGCAAAAAAUCUGAGGGUAAAUGUCCUUCCUGUGAUCCUCCACAGGAUAUUGGAAAAUGUCCUGAAUCUGAUCACAUAUUUUGGAUUCCUUUCCGAAGCCACUGCUAUAACUUCAAUAUCAAUGAAAUGAGCUGGACUCAGUCUGUGACUCAGUGCAUUCAAUCAGGUGUUAUGUUGUCUUCUGUAGAAGAUCUGGCUGAAUCAAACUUCUUAGUAGAGCAUGCAGACUUGUACACAAGCAAGACAAGUGGCUUUUGGAUAGGAAUAUACAGAAAUGUAAAUGGGCAGCUGCUUUGGCAAGGCAACAGUGCCUUAGACUUUGUCAACUGGGGUGAAGGACAGCCCUCAGAGGACCAGCUUGAUUACUGCGUGGAGUUGUCUGCAUUCUCUGGCUACUGGAGAAUCCUUCCUUGCUCUUCCCAAAAGGGUUUUAUUUGUAAGAAACCAAAGACUAUUCUUAAAGCGGAUGCAAACACGGACGAUGCCAAAAAGGACAAAGCACAUGGUCACAUGAAUAUGUGGAUACUACUUACUUUGGUCCUCAUCAUUUUAUUGGGGAUGGGCUUUAUGAUUUAUUUCUUAUUCAAGACCAAAAUUCAAAGUGAGACUGAGAGAGAGAGAUUUGUGGCAGCAUCACAGACAGAGCCAAGUGCAGACAUACAGUGUGCACUCUCCGCACAGCACUGA